GCCGCCUGUGGCGCCACGUACUGUCAAAUCAAGGAACCUGUUUAUCGCCAUUAUUGUGAUGGCCGCUGAUAUUUAUAGAUCGUAGGGUGUUGUUAUUCCAGACUAAAUAAAUGCAUUGAAAAUGGAGGAAACGAAAGUAAUAUAUUACAUAGACGAUGAAGAAACGCCGUAUUUAGUCAAAAUACCAAUAUCACCCGAAAAGGUUACGUUGUUGGACUUCAAGAACCAAUUGAACAGGCCGAAUUAUAAAUUUUUCUUCAAAUCAAUGGACGAUGAUUUCGGUGUUGUGAAAGAAGAAAUAGUCGACGACAACGCGCACCUGCCAUGUUUCAACGGUCGUGUGGUGUCAUGGCUGGUGUCUGCGGAGGGUUCCAAUCCUUCCGAUGGUGCAUCUCAGUGUACAGACAGUAAUGCAGGCAAAGCGAAGCAAAACGCUCCUUCUGCACCGUUGACCAGGGACACCUGUACAGACACGGACAGUACCAUCAGCUCGAGACCUGGUCACAGGGCGUCGUGUGACAAAUACAAAUACAGGGGGCUCCGAAUCAACGGUCACUCCAAGUACGGAAACCACGGGCUUGAAUACGAGACUGCAUCGGUUCUGAGCUCCGAUUUAGACUCGACGAGCCUAUUCGACAGUCAGUCUGAGAUCACGACGACCACUGGACGUCAUACGAACGCGUCAGUGGACAGAGCACUCACAGAAUGCAGCAGUGUUUCCCAUUUACAAGUCAGUAAUCGGAAGAGGCCGCAGAGAAGGCGUAAAAGGCCUCAAAUUAUGUCCCGGACAUCCUCAUAUUCCUCAAUAACUGAUUCUACUAUGUCUAUGCAUAUUAUAACAGUGACUUUGAACAUGGAUUCUGUGAAUUUCCUCGGUAUCUCGAUAGUCGGACAGUCGAACAAAGGUGGUGAUGGUGGAAUAUAUGUGGGUAGUAUAAUGAAAGGUGGUGCAGUUGCAUUGGAUGGACGGAUAGAACCUGGUGACAUGAUACUGCAGGUGAACGAUGUGAACUUUGAAGAUAUGACCAACGAUGAAGCCGUACGGGUACUCCGGGAAGUUGUUCAGAAGCCAGGACCUAUUAAAUUGGUGGUGGCCAAGUGUUGGGACCCUAAUCCCAAGGGGUACUUCACCAUACCCCGGACGGAGCCCGUCAGGCCUAUAGACCCAGGCGCGUGGGUGGCCCACACUCAGGCUUUAAGGGAAGCCUACCCUCCCCCUCCCCCCUCCAUAUCGGGCCUACCUUCUGCACCGGAUCGGGCCGCGUCAGAACACACUGCUCAUACAGGCCACUCGAUGCCCUCUCAUGACGCGCUGUCCGUACAUAUGGACAUGGCGUUGGUGGUGAGGGCUAUGCUGAGACCGGAUUCGGGAUUAGAGAUACGCGAUCGAAUGUGGCUCAAGAUUACCAUUCCUAACGCGUUCAUUGGCGCUGAUGUAGUGGACUGGGUUUUACAACAUGUAGCCGGUAUUGCUGACAGAAGAGAUGCUAGGAAAUACGCUUCGCAUAUGCUCAAGGCUGGAUUCAUAAGGCAUACAGUUAACAAGAUAACAUUCUCGGAACAAUGUUACUACGUGGCCGGGGAGCUUUGCGCGGAACUGGCCGCGAUGAGGCUAAGGGCGCCCGACGCAGACAGCCUAGCGUCUGAUACUCUAGCGCCGCUGCCUAAUCCGAACAUGGUAGCACCCGGAUAUAUGCCGUACGCUGGGUCGUAUGGUUACCAACCGAUCCCGUUCAAAUAUACCUCGUGUAUGACCAGUGAACACACCAUUUACGGGUACAAUCGAGAAGAGAGCGUUCUGUCAGGCAGUGGGGGUUCGAGUGCCGGCUCCGAUCAUCUCACGGCUAAAGAACAUACGACGGGUCGCGAGGCGGAAGCCAAAUCUGGUUCUAGCGGGUCGAAUGCAUCCGCUGCCGACUCCACCCGCCGCGACCGUGACCGCGACCGCGACCGGUCAUUGUCCAGCGGGUCAUCGCGCGCCGACCGACCAGUGCUGUUCCUCUAGGACCCAACAAGGAGCCUACAUAUUAACUGCCAAAUACGUUUAGAUAUUAAUACAGCUAAUUGCAGACAUCUAUGCCUUAUGUCUUUCGUAUUAAGAACCAUAUUGCAAAAGCAACACAGCAAAGGCUGGUUUCGAACAAAAUUUAAUAUUUAAGGCAUUUUUUUUUAUUCAUGUCUACAAUUAGCUGUAGAUAUAUAAAAUAAUUAUUGUAUACAUUUUAUAUUGUUAGAAAUUUAUACAAUUAUGAAUGUAACUUGUAAGAGUACAUGCCAUUUUAUAAGACUAGUGUACAAGGUCGAUGUCCAUUGGGAAAGCUAAGCUAUAGAUAUAUUUCGCUUCUAUAAAACUCGUUUGGCGAUGCAGUCUUUCUUUGCAUGAGAUUGGGUGUUAACUUUACCGUAAUUCAAUUAUUUACUUCAACAACAAUUAAUUCCAGACAAUUAGCUAUUUGACAGUAGGAAAACAUUAAUUUGUUGGCAUCCGUAUUUACUAUGAAUAUUGCCAGUUAUUCUACGAUUCUGAGAUUCUAGCUUUUCUAAAAAAUCGUUAAAUAGAAAUGUUUUUUUGGUUCUAAAAAACAUUUCUAUGGUCCCGUGACCGAAAACGCCUGGGAUUGGAAAGACUAAAAUGACGUCACACGCCAGUGAACUUCCGGUCAAAGUGACAAUACAUUGUAUUGUUGGACGUUUUAAUGUCAGUCGUAUGAUGUCACAUACCAGUGAGAUGCCAUAAUCUAGAGAAGCGUAUUCGCGGCAAUUUAAAAAUGGAAUUUUUGAUUUAGUUUUUUUAUUGAAAUACACAACAGAAUUAUUAGUAUCCACUUUUUAUGGACUCCAUAAAUAUUAGUAAAUAACGUGAGAUCGUUUUCUAAAAUCUAAAUAUCCUAUAAUAUUCAUUAUUCACGUGUUUGUAGGGUAAUUUUAACAAAUAUUCGUAGAUUGUAGGAGCAAUAAUUUCAUGUGUGAGAAAAAUAUCUAUAGCUUCGACUGAGUGGAAGCCAUACCUUAAUUAGUUUAAAACUUAUUGGAGACGUUUUUGUAUCAUUACAUCGUCAGCAUCACACAAUAUGAACAUGUACCAGUGAAAACUAUUAUAACAUACAACUCUUUUAAAGCCAUAAAAAUAAAACCAGAAACCAUAAACAUUAUUGAAUACGAACUUUCAUGUAACUUUAUAUUAAUUAAAUACUGCAUAAAGUAUUUUUAACCUUAGAUUCUUAAAAAAGGGAAGGGACGGCACUCGCGGCUCUAAAAGUAUAGCGCUUAAAUUGUGGUCCAUGACCACAAUUCGCUUUAGUCAUAAUAGGGUAUUUGACAGUAUUAAAAAUAAAGUGCCAAUUGUUAGCAUCUGUGUUUAGAAUGAAUAUUGGCAGGAGUUUUUACUAUUAUUACAGAAAAAAUAUUCAUAACUAGCGGCCCGCCCUCGCUUCGCUUCGGUGUAGAGCUGAAGUGUAGACUACAGUUUUUGUUCUCAGGCUUGUAUUAUACACAAUGACAUUCAUCUAUGAUUCUUCUUAUACCUGCAUGCAAAGUCUCAGCCCGAUCGGUUUAAAAUUGACAAAGUUUCAUACAAACUUUCAAUCCCUAUUUUAUCCCCUUGGGGGUAGAAUUGAUCAAAAAUCCUUUCUUAGCGGAUGCCUACGUCAUAACAUCUACCUGCAUGCCAAAUUUCUGCCCGAUCCGUCCAGUGGUUUGGGCUGUGCGUUGAUAGAUCACUAUGUCAGUCAGUCAGUCACCUUUGAGUUUUAUAUAUAUAGAUUUUAUUAAAAAACCCACGACAAAAAUAGUAGUUUUCUUGUCUAUUGUCACGUGACCCAAAACGCUUGGGAUUGGUGGAGCCUAAAAUGACGUCACACGCAAGUAAACUUCCGGUUAAAGUGACAUUAGAUUGUAUGGUUUGGCGUUUUAAUGACAUUCGUGUGACGUCACACACCAAUGAGACGCCAUAUUGUCCAGAGAUACGUUUUCGCGUCAACUUGAAAAUGGAGUUUUUGAUUUGGUUAUUUUUACUGAAAUACACAACAGAAUGAUGAAUAUCCCCAUUUUUUACGGACUCUAUAAACAUUAGUCAAUAACGUGAGAUCGUUUUCUAACACUUGUCAAAUACCCUAUUGGACAUUCAAACACUCUGCAUGUGCACUCAAUUUAACAAUAUUGCGUAUAUACUGUGUUAUAAAGAUGAAACAAUGCCUUCGAUGCUUUUAUAAAGAAUAUAA